UAUUUUUUUGAUUUAUUCGAUUCAUCUUAAACUGCACCUCACUCGCGAUUGAAUUCUGAAACCUCUUAGCCGUCUUCGUCAAUCUUCAGUUCAUGCUCUGACCUUUUUUGUGCUGAGGAACCUAAUUGCCGUACAAUCGCAUGCGAAUUUCAAAAGGGUUUUUUUUGGGUGACUCCUUGUGAAAUUUCAUUCGAAUUGCUGAAUUCUACCGUCGAAAAUUGUGUUAAAGAUGAGCGGCAAGCAAUCGGAUUCCUUACCGCUGAUCGCACCGCCGCUGAUCGCCACCCCCUCUGAGAUUGACCUUGAGGCCGGCCCCGAUGAGCAAAUUCAGUGCCGAAUUUGCCUUGAAACUGACGGUAGGGAUUUUAUUGCUCCUUGCAAGUGCAAAGGCACAUCAAAGUACGUUCACCGGGAAUGCCUCGAUCAUUGGCGUGCCGUGAAGGAAGGUUUUGCCUUUGCUCAUUGCACGACUUGCAAGGCUCCGUAUUAUAUAAGAGUUCACGGUGUUGCUGAUAGAAAAUGGCGGACAUUGAAGUUUCGAUUUUUUGUCACUAGAGAUAUUUUGUUUAUCUUUUUCUCUGUGCAACUGGUUAUUGGCCUGUUGGCAUAUUCAAUGUAUCUUAUAGAUCGUUAUCAGAAAUUUUGGCUUCGUCACAUCUGGGGUUUCGACAGUGAACUGAGUUUCUACUACAUAUGUGGGGCAUUAUUGUUUUUCGCUUUGCUGGGCUUAUCCGGUUGCUUUAUAACUUGUUACGACAGAAGAGUGCGGAGUGAUCUUGCUCAGCCUUGUCGAGAAUUGUGCGUUUCUUGUUGCCAUCCAGGUGUAUGUGCUGACUGCCAUUUACCCGGCACUCUUUGCAUGUGGACUGAUUGUACCACAUGCUUCGAAAGCUGCGCUGGGGCGGCCAGUGAAUGUGGUUGGCUGGGAGGCGCUGGUGAAGCCGGAUUGCCAAUACUGUUAGUAGUGGCCAUUGUAGUGCUAGGUUUAUUCACCAUCAUCGGCAUAUUCUACACUAUCCUCGUCGCCACCAUGGUCGGGCAAAGGAUAUGGCAACGGCACUACCACAUCCUCGCCAAACGAAUGCUAACAAAGGAAUACGUCGUUGAGGAUGUUGACGAUGAGAUGACCGGUGGAGAUUGGUCGCCACCGUCUCUCCCCUCCGAGCACGUUAAUCAGCUGAAGGCGCUCGGGCUUCUGUAAACACCCUUACGAGUUCAAUAAGACGUAUAUUUUCGGCGUCUGAUGUAAGUCUUUACACCUACGAAGAAUGUAGCAGUUGAUGUGGUUUCAAUCUGGGUUCAUAUUCUGGGGUGAGAAACACUAACUAUAUUAACUGAUAUAUUUUUCAUUUGCUGCAAUCAAAGAAUUUAUAACUGUGCUCGUGUUCUGGGAUGAGCAGAAACUAACUGUAUUAACUGUAUAAUAGUAUUUCAUUUGCUGAAAUUAAAGAAUUCGAUAACUGAUUUUCUUCUCA